UGGCUGAGCGCUGUAUCAGUGUGCUGUUGUUUGAGGCUAUAAAAAGAUGAGACGAUGGGUAGCAGCAGAAGCCGACCUGAGACAAGCUGGACAGACAGACCCAGCGAGACAGAUACAAAACAGAAAUACAACAGCACCAGAGUCUGGGAGCCUGAACUCACCUCCAAAAUGUGUAAAGGUCUAGCUGGAGUGACAUCCUUCCCUGCCACUUGCUUAAAAAGUGCGAAGGACAUGAAACAUCGUCUUGGAUUCCUACUUCAAAAAACAGAUGGAUGUGAAACCAACCCUUACCCAAAGAAAGACAAACCUGGUUGCCAGAGGCUAAGUCAAGAUGACAUUAAGAAAUGGACAGAAUCCUUGGAAAAUCUGAUUAACAAUGAAUGUGGUGUACAUGCAUUCAGGUCCUUUCUUCAGUCUGAAUACAGUGAAGAAAAUUUGGAUUUCUGGCUGGCUUGUGAGAAUUACAAAAAGUUGAAAAAUCCAGCAAAGCUGCCUAUCAACGCCCAAAAGAUCUAUGAAGAUUUCAUUUCAGUGGAAGCUACUAGAGAGGUGAACCUCGAUUCUGCUACUCGUGAAGACACCACCAAGAACUUGCUCCAACCAACCAACUCCACUUUUGACCAGGCCCAGCACAAAAUCUUCAUCUUGAUGGAAAAAGAUUCCUACCGACGCUUUCUAAAAUCACGGUUCUACCUGGACCUAACAAACAUUACAAGCAAUGGUGGUAGCAUAAAGAAGACAAAAGCUCUUGGCACAGACAGUCACCCAUUCAUUCCACAAUGUGCUUGAAAACUGAGACACAGAUUGUGAACAGUCACAUCUAAGAACUAGAUAUUUAUGUUCUCUUAUAUAUUGUACAAAGGUUCUGAGCUGGCUCCUCUUAUUUAUUACACAUGUGUCUUGCAUGCAUUUCUGUUCUAAUGGGGCAAGCUGGAAGUAUAACUCAGACCCGUGCAGUGUUGUACAGACUAGUGAUUCAGUGGAUAUUUAGUGACACAUCAGGAAAUGCUUGUGAUUGUAAAAGAUGGAACAUGUCUUCACUUUGAGAGAUAUCUGACUUGUAUUGAACUGUUGUGCACUGACAUGAGAUUAUUGCUAUCUGUACUAUUUCAAGCUGACAAAAUGGCAAUCAAGUCUUUACAUCUUCACAUUCAAUACAUUGAGAAGGACCUACCUUUGGUUGGAGAAGAUUGCUGCUGAAUAAAUGUUUUGGGAGAAAAAAAAUCUUCUCCAGCAAAAGGAAGCUCUUCACAGCAUGUUGAAAAAUAGUUUGUUGGAAGUAUUACCAGCAAGGCAACGUUUUUAAUAGACUAAUGAGGAGAGAUUACUGAAUGAAGUGGCCACUACUACUACUUCUUGGUUCGAACACUUUGUGUUAGUUACAUUACGACUGGUACUGCUAUUUAUGAUUUUUACUGUGUUUCAUUUCUGGGUUUUUUUUUUUUGUGACAGUUGGUUCAAGAGAUUUUCUAUUUUUUAUACAGAACAGAAAAAAGUGUGGUUGUUGAGACCAGAUCUGACAACAGAACAAGGCUACAGGGAAGUUUUAUUUAUGAAAGUUACUGAACAGAUGGGGUGGGAAAAAAUAAUUUAUUUCAACGAGCAUGUUUUUGUCUUUGUACUUUGUAACUUGUGCAUGCUUAAGAUAAAACCAAAUGUCUGUGAAGCUAAAUAAACAAUACCCCAUAAAUAACA